UCUCGUCCACUGCGCCCGGUCGCUGUUGCUGGCCUCGUUCCUUCGCGUUUGUGUCUAGUAACUCACACAAGAUUUAGCGGCGUCUCAACAGCCUCCCUUACCUUCUACAACAGACACCACACGCAACGACAAACUCAACUGCCCACCAUGCCCCCACCACCAAAACGCAAGUGGCCUCGCGGUAGAGGAGGCGGAGGAGCCGGUGGCGGCGCCGCAGACCGUGCAAAUGGCGGUGCAUCAACACCUGGAACGUCUACGCCUCGCUUUUCCAUGUCACAGCAGCCGAAACGCCCAAAGAUGGAGGAUACCCAGCCCAAGCCUGAUGCUCGCGUCGACGUGCGACAGAUGUACUCUACAGCAGCAGGCGAGGCGGCGCCAAAGCCCUUUUCCGAGCUGAAGAACAGGCUACACAAGGGGCUGCUUGACGGCUUGGACAAGAUGGGAUUCGAAUACAUGUCCCCCGUCCAGCAAAAGGUCCUGACCGAACUACCCUCAUUUUCAUCAGACUGUGUUGUACAGGCAAAGACGGGCACGGGCAAGACGGUGGCGUUCCUGCUCCCCGCGAUCCAGAACCUCCUGGCCGGCAAUAUGCCCCCGAGAGGCAAGGUCGCUAUCCUCGUCAUCUGCCCUACUCGCGAGCUGGCUCUGCAGAUUGCAAAGGAGUGCAAUGGUGUGACUGCGUGUCUGCCACGGAAGAUGGAGUGCCACACUGCGUUUGGCGGUACCUCGCGUGCCUCGAACCUCCGGGCUUUCAUGAAUGGCAAUCCUACUGUUCUGGUGGCUACGCCUGGAAGGCUGGAUGAUAUUCUGGGCGAAGAGGAGGUGCGCGAGAAGUUUACUCAUCUGAAGACGGUGGUCCUAGACGAGGCCGAUCAGAUGCUGGACGCCGGAUUUGCCCCUGCAGUCAAGCAGAUCUUGAGGCGCAUACCGCCAAAGAGCGAUGGCUGGCAGGGAAUGUGCUUCUCUGCCACGCUGCCCGAGCAAGUACUGGACAUUGCCAAGAUUGUCUUGUUCCCUGGCUACACACAUCUCUCGACGGUGGAUCCUAACGAAGUACCCACGCAUGAGCGUGUCCCGCAAUUCUCCUUUACCGUCCCUACCGUCGGCCAAACAUUCCCCGCGCUCUCAGCGCUGAUCGAGGAGGAGUACAACCAGAACCCUACCGACUUCAAGGCUAUUGUCUUUGGCACAACAGCAAACGGCGUGGGCCUGCUCUACGACCUGUACCGGAAUGCGCUGCCUCAGUUCCGGCUGUUCGAGCUGCACAGUCGCAUGUCGCAACCCGCUCGGACGCGGACGACCCAGGACUUCAAAGAGGCUUCAAGCGGAAUUCUGUUUGCCUCGGACGUAGUGGGACGUGGUAUGGAUUUCCCCAACGUUGGUCUCGUCAUCCAAAUUGGCCUUCCGUCGAGCACCGAGCAGUACGUACACCGAGUCGGGCGUACAGCGCGUGCGGGAAAAGACGGACGCGCUGUUCUCAUUCUCUUUGAGCAGGAGUCGUUCUUCCCGCACAUCAACAAGACACUGCCCAUCAAGCCGUACCCCGUCGAUAUCGUGUCGCGGCUGCCCACGCACGAGGCCAACAUUGAGCGAGCCUUUGUCAACGUCGACGAGGUGUCAAAGUCAAAGGCGUACCAGGCGUUCCUGGGCUACAACAAGACAUUUCUCAAGAAGCUGAAGCUGACGACGACCGAGUUGGUUCGUCUGGCAAACGACUAUGCGCAUUCCAUGGGGUGCCCUGAGCCGCCCCUGAUGGAGAAAUCGACAGUCGGCAAGAUGGGCUUGAAGGGUGUGCCUGGCCUGAGGAUUGGGUCGCGAAAGCCGUAGCAGUAUCAAGUGUCCGAUCUCUGCUACGAACCAGAGUCUUACAUUUGAUUGGACAUGGGGCAAAACAAAAAAUUUCCUCAUUGGGGCGUUGUCCGGUAUGUGCGUUUUAUAUAUACAUAUAUAGAAGGGGAAUGACUCACUCGAUCAUCAUGUCUAUGGGCCUCGGGGUCCGUCAUCACGAUGGAAAUGAAUGAAUGGAUUCAAAGUCACGGGUUUUUAGAAGGAUAAAGGGGAAAUGGGGAGGGACACAGGAUGGCAUAGCUUGUAGCACUUGGGGUAUACCCAGAUGACCCUUUCUUCUCGAAACGAAAUAGAUUUCUG